AUGAGAAAUGGUUAUUCUACGACAAUCCGAAGAAGAAAGAAUACUACGCUAAGUCCGGUCAAUCAUUGCCAUCAACCAUCAACACCAAAGCCGAACAUUCAUGGUUCGAAGUUCAUGCUCUAUAUCUGCUGUGGUACGGAUUGCAGGGCGGAUUAUUGGAAGUCCCAAGGCCGCAAGUUCUGCGACUUCUGCAAGUGCUGGAUCGCCGAUAAUAAACCGAGUAUCGACUUCCAUGAGGGCGGCAAGAAACACAAGGAAAAUGUCAGCAAGCGACUCAAGGAGAUCCACAAGAAUAGUGCCAAACAGGCAAAACAAAAUAAAAAAUUCGAGGACGACCUCAAGAAAAUGGAAAAUGCAGCUAUGGCUGCGUACUUGAAGGAUGUUGAAAAUAACACGCAAGAUAUGACUGCUCAGAGAAUCAUUAAAGAGAAACUGAAUAGGAUAGAAACAAAAGAAACGCCUCAAAAGUGUAACAGUAUGCCGUCAGCCAAUCCAGAGACGGUAUCAAGAUUGAAAAGUAAUAGUGAACAGGCCUUACCAAAAAUGGAUCCUUGCGAUCCGACAACUUUAUCAAAGAACGCACUGUCGUUGCCACGAGUCCAGCACAGCGGCGAGAACAGGAUUCCGGGGAAGAGUAAAUCGGGCAAGGCGAAGGGAAAAGGGAAGAAAACUCAGGAGGAUGAUCGUCCGACCGCAACCGUCAGAAAACUGUGGUAUGAGGCUCGCAGUCCCGAAGGGUACACUUACUAUUGGCAUAUUGAAACGAACGAAUCGGUUUGGGAACCUCCGGAAGAAGGCUACAUGACUUUCGCUGAGCAAGAAGAGGAGGCGAAGGAAGAGAUGAUCCAGAGAGAGCUCUUGGAACAAUUGGAUAGAGAGGAAGUAACCACGAAGGCAGAUAUUCUUGAGGAGCAACGGGCCAAUGUCGAGAGGGAGAAGAUGAAAGAGUUCAGGAAACGACCAGUUGAAAGCGAUGACGUUCAAGGUACUGAGGAAAGCGCUGAAAUAAAGAAAAAGACGGUCGAAGAAGAACGACCUUACUGGCGAGACUACAGUAUACCUGAGAGACCGCAACCUUACGGAUCGUGGCAAAUCGUGGAAACAACCAAGAAGAAACCAGUGGAUCUUCAAUUGCCAAAACAGCAAAAACAAAUACAAUUCCCUACAUUUACGGAGAUAGAACCACCGCCGCCACUACAAAGGACUUUUAAAGAAAAAACUAUUACACAAAUUAGUACAAGUGACAGUGACGAUGAAAGAAUAGCUACUACCUUUAAAAAAAGAAAAAUCGGUAACAAGAACAUGCGCAAAAGAACGACUGAUGACUGAUAAUAUUAAUUUGUGAAAAAUGAUUUGAUCUUCUGUCAUUUAAAUAAUAAUACUAAUGCCCCCGAAAAUUCAAAUAUGAAAUUAGGGCAUAUGAGAAUAAUAACGCUAUAAUUAUUUCGUGAGCGCUAAGGCUUUUACUUUAUUACCAAUAUUAAAAAAUAAUAACGAAAAAAAUCGUUUCGACUCUUUUUCAAGUCCUCUUCAGCGAAAUGAAAACAGUAAUGGAUAUGUAGAAGUUACAUCCUCCCAAAUAAAGCCAGUCGAAACAUACAAUUUUUUUCAUUAUUUUUUAAUAUUAAUAUAAUAGCUGCGUUCG